AUUUCUCCAACUUUCCAACCGGCAUUCGUGCGAGAUUGCACCUUACAGAGCAUAUUACUAGCAAUAUCGAAUUAGAGGAUUGCUUUUUGUCCAGCCAACCCGCUUCCCUGUGGCUCACGUGGGACGAACGAACGAAUAAAGGGCACCCACCAACCUUUUCGGCUCACCAUGUCGCAGUACGACGCGCACAGCAUCUCGCGCGCGACUAGCCUCAGUCGCAAGUCGACCGUCGCUUCCCGCAAUGCCUCGCUCAUCAAGAAGAACACCGGACCCCAUGAACUGAGGCCGAGCGACAUUCUCAUCGAGCGCUUCAUCGGAUGGAAGCACAUCACCAAGCAACUCAUCUCGUACUUUGAGGGCAUCGCCGACAUCGAGUACAACACCGCCAAGGAGCUGACCAAGCUCGGCGGCGUGAUCCAGGUGCCGUUCCGUGAGGGGAACCAGUUCCUCGGCGAGGAGGGCAUCCAGGAUGUGUACUAUGCCAUCCGCGACAAGACACGCGUGAUCGCAGACCAUCACGCCAACCUAGGCAAGACAGUUGAGGGCUCGAUCGUCCAGCAUCUGCAGAAGCUGCGCUCGGAGAUUAAGGCGCACAUCAAGAACGUCCAGCAAGACACAGGCAAGCUCGCCAACAGCGUCGCCAAGGAGCGCGAGAUGAGCACCAAGAUGAUCACCGACCUGGCUAAGUCCAUCACCCUGCUCAAGAAUGCACCCAUGUCCGUUACCGCCAAGGAGGACCCACACAGCGUCAACGCCGCCGUCUUCCGCCAGCUGCAGCGCCAGGUCAACGAGGAGAACGCGCUGCAAAAAUCCAUCAUAAUUAUGCAGCAGAACUCGGCACACUUUGAGGAGGGCAUCGUUCGCUCUAUCCAGUCCGCCUGGCAGACGUUCGACGAGUGGAGUGGACGCAUGUCGGCCCAGGUUCAGGACACGUGGCUCUCGCUCGGCGUCCAGAUGCGCUCACUGCAGCCCAAUAGCGAGUGGAUCGCAUUUGCCGCACGCUCUGAUCACCUCCUCGACCCGGAUACCCCCCUGCGCAACCCGGAGACGAUCGACUACCCUGGCAAGGACGAUCCAUCGGUCAUCCCCGUUCAUCUCGGCAUCCUCGAGCGCAAGAAGCGCUUCACCAAGACCUACCGCGAGUCGUUCUACGUCCUUACCCCCGCCGGCUACCUGCACGAGCAUGGCAGCUCGGACCCGACACGCCACCCUUCGCCGGUGCUGUCGCUCUUCUUACCCGAGUGCACGCUCGGCGCGCCGAGCACGAUGGCUGCCAAAAGCCAUAAGUUCCAUAUCACUGCGGCAAAGAGCGACAAGCCGCUGGCGAGCCUGCGCGGCGAGCACGCGUACACAUUCCGCGCCCGCAGCCACACGGAGCUGAUGGAAUGGUGGAACGACAUCAAGCAGCUCAGCAAAGUCUACCUCACUACCUCGGAGCAAAUGGACCGCUCUGGCCCUGUACCUGCCGCUGUCCGCGCGGUCGGCUACCGCAGCGAGGAGGAGGAGGAAGAGGAGGAGGACGGCAGCUCUGUUGAGGAGGAGGAGGAGUACGAGGAGGAAGAGGAAGAGACACGACACGCCGACCAGCAGCAGAACGCUCCUGCUGCCGUUGCCCCGCUUGGCACUGCUGCUGGCGAAGAGGAGAUCCCCGCAUACACGGGCGCAAGCAAGAGCUCCGGCAUCGAGAUUGGCGUCAACGGCUACGCCAUCGAGAAAAAGGGUGACGCAGGCACUACCGGCGCAGGCCCGAGCGGGACAAGCGGUGCGGACAAGGCAAAUGGUGAGUCACUCCUUCCGUUCUUCGAGUGAUGCGUUCGCUGCUGCCUGCCAGUCGACGCUGGACGAUCAUCCGGUAAACUGGAGUGGAAUCCAGCAAAGGCGGAGGCAAGCCUCUGCGAAUGUGCAGCCACUGCCAUCCCAGCCGUCCGUGGCGUUGAACAGGAGCAGUAGUAGCAGCCGCAAGAUGCGGCCGGAGGUGGCGCGGGCUCUGUUACGGUGCGGCCGCAGUAGUCAGCCGCGCUCGUCACGGCCGUCGACCCGGAACGAAAGGAGGGCGCUGCGCUCGCUGCUCUCGUCGGCGACGCCGUCACGGAUGCGUGUGCGGCUAUGUCCACACGCGCAGAGGUGAAGAAGCACGAAAGACUUCUCAAGGGCUUCUUUGGCAGCG